AUGCGGAAGCCGUGAUGUUGACAAAAACGAAGUAUAGCUGAUAUCGACUCAUCUUAUAUAUAAUUAAUUUUUCUUCAAAAUGUUUGGCAGAAAGAAAGAAACGGUUGAUCCUUCAAAAAGGAAAGGCGCCGGUUUAAUGAACCAGCUUGGUUUUGGAGGUGAUUUUGGUGGACAAAGAAUGGAUGAUGAUGAAGAUGAUGCAGCACUAGAGGCCGAGUUACUUGCCCUUCAAGGCGAGGGUCCUCCAAAGGCCAAGGCAAAAGACAAGAAAGCAGGCAAAACUCCGGUGAGUCUAGAAGACAUUGGGAGGAUGGCGGAUGACUGUAUGAAAGAUAUAGGUAGUGAUGAAGAGAUGUCUGAUACAGAAGACCCAGAUCUAAUGGCAGAGCUCCAGGAACUUGAGGCUGAGAGUGAUGAGGAUGAGGAUGUUUCCGUGACACAGACCUCCUCCGCGCCUCAGCAAGGGGUCAACAUGCUGUCUAAGAUACAGGAACGCCUAUCACUUUAUCAACAAGCCAAACAAGCCGCAAAGGAAGCUGGGGACAGCUCGAAACAGAGGCGUAUCGACAGAGGCAUUAAGACACUGCAGGACCUUGAAAAGAAAGCCAAAGCUGGUAGAUCCAUCCCUGAAGAUGAUAUUCCCCCACCUGUAGCAGUAUCAACUCGUGCUCCUCCACCUGCUCCUAGUCAAGCUCCUGUGAUUGAGCCAACGUUGCCCAAGACGGAUCCUGCCCCCAAACCUGCUCCAAGCACGGAGACAGUUCCGAAUUCACAGCCAAGAGUGACCCCAGCUAAUACCCAACAUUCAGAAGAACAUAACAUGCUAGUUGUAAGGCAACAUCAGUACAAGCAGGCAGCGCUACAGGCUAAAAAUAAUGGGGACAUGACAAAUGCAGCCAAAUAUGUCAGGAUUGCCAAGCAAUUUGAAAAUGUGAUAGCUGCUUUAGUUGAAGGGAAACAGAUAGAUCUGUCUCGGAUGCCUCCUCCUCCUCCAGGGUAUGGUGGAUCAGAGGAAUCUUCUAAACAAGUCAGUCAACCACCACAGGUCAGAGUUCAAAGGUCAGAAACACAGACCACAAAGGAGAGCACUGAGGAGAAUAUCCCUGAAGUGUCUGAUGCAGAUGCCAGGAGUCUAUUUAAAGCCCCAGAAGCUCCUACAUCUGUAAUGGAUGCCUUAACUCAAAGAUUACAAAAGUAUCAGUCAGCUGAGUCUGCUGCCAAAGAAGCUGGGGACAGCUCAAAGGCUAGGCGUCAUGGACGUAUAGUUAAGCAAUAUCAAGAUGCAAUCAAGAAGACAAAAGCAGGAAAACCAGUGAACUAUGAUGAACUACCUACACCUCCAGGGUUUGCACCAAUACCUGUUGGAAAUGCUGGUGCUUCUGUAUCUGCUCCUGCUAGUACAGCCAAUCAGAGACUUCAGGCACCUGCUGGUCCAGCAGGUCCAGGGACAUCACCACCAAAACAAAGAACGCCUUCUCCUAACAGGACGCCGCAGCCUGCUAGUAAACCAGCGCAAAGGGCUUCUGUAAAGAAAUCCCCAUCAACACGAGCUGAACAACAAGCAUUUCUCUUACGAGAGAGGAUGAAUGAAUAUAGACAAGCUGCAGUCAAAGCCAAGAAAAAUAAUGACCUUGAGCUGGCCAAGAAAUACAUGAGAAUAGCUAAGGGAUUUGAACCUAUGAUUGAAGCUGCUGAGAGUGGUCUACCAGUGGACAUGUCUCAGAUGCCACCAUCUCUAACAGAGGAGGAUGAGCGAUCAUUUGUGAUGGUCAGUGCUGAUGAAUGUGAAGUCAAAGGAGACAGAAAUGAAAUCUUCAAAAAACUGGAACAAGAUCUCAUCAACCAGAUCAGGAUGAGUGCAGCCAAUCACCAGCACUUCACAAAACUUGGAGAUGUUUUAAAUUCUGCAAAAUUUCAGAAGAUGGAGCAGGGAUGUAGGAAAGACUUAGAAGCACUGAAAAAUGCCUUCCGCCAUCAUGAUCCUGUUCCAAAGUUUCAUUAUGAAAACAGAACUUUCUCGCUUGUACAGUGUAAUACAGAUUUAGGAGACAAUGACCUUGAAAUGACCUUGGUGAGAGGAAUACAGCUGCCAACAAGUCAUGCAGAAAAAGAUUUGGACACUUAUGUGAAGUAUGAGUUUCCCUACCCUACAGAUGAUCCACAGACCGGUUCAUCUGAUACAGUAAAAGGUUCUGUUAAUCCUGAGUACAACGAACCUUGGAAAUUACAGAUAAAUAGAAAAUCGCGAGGGUUUGGACGAGUGGUGGAGAGAAAGUCUGUUAAGUUUGAGAUCUAUCAGAAGAAGGGUUUCUUUAAAGGCGAUAAGCUGAUUGGUACAUGUAAUGUAAAGCUCCUCCCUCUUGACUCGAAAUGUACGUACCAUGACAGCUACGACCUAAUGGAUGGACGUAAGGCUGCAGGGGGAAAGUUGGAAGUAAAGAUAAGGAUCAGGGAUCCCCUAAAGAGUAAGCAGGUGGAGGAAACCAAGGAGAAAUGGCUCGUCAUUGAUCAGUUCCUGAAAACUCUUAACUCCAAACCAGUGGCUCCAACACCACCAGCAAAAAGGGGUACCACAUGUAUUGAAGUGAUGAGGUUUGAAAAACAACAAUUAGACCAACAGAUAAAUAAUCUACGAGAUCGUCUUGGUGCCGAUCAACUUAAAGCUCUACAAAACAAAAGUCAGCUGUUGACUCAAAGGAUGGAUCAGAAGCAGGCGGAACUAAAGAAAGGUGGAAAACCUGCUCUCAAAGCAUACGUCCAUCAGGUAGAGCAGGAAAUACCGGCCUACGAGGAAGAGGCACGUCAUUUCACCAAGGCAGGAGACAUGCAUAAGGCUCAAAUGAUGCUCAACAAAAUUAAACAUGCUGAGAAAGAGCUGAAAGCCAUACGAGACAAAGUUCCAGACCUAUGACCUUGUCACCUUACAGGGUAAAUCCUUUGGUUCAUCACCAUCAAGGGCCUGAUCAGAUAUUUUCAACUGAAUGCAUGUGAAUUGAUCUUAAAACAAUUUCAAUAAUUUAUUCAAGUUCAGCAAAAAUUUCUAUAAAUUUAUGUACCUGAAUUUUCUGUGCUGUUCAGUACAAGUUCAGUGAAUAUUUCUUUAAUUUUAUGUACCUGAAAUAUCUGUGCUGUUAACUACAGACAAAGCAAAUAUUUCUAUAAUUUGAUAUUCCUGCAUUGACUGUGUUGUGAAGUACAGGUUUAGCAAAUAUUUCUAUAAUUUUGAUGUACAUGAAAUAUCUGUGCUGUGUAAGAACAGGGUCAGUGAAUUCUAUAAUUCUGUGUACCUGAAAUAUCUGUGUUGUUAACUAGACUAAGCAAAUAUUUCUACAACUUAAUGUACCUGAAUUGACUGCAGUUAAGUACAGGUUUAGCAGAUAUUUCUAUAAUUUGAUGUACCUGAAAUAUCUGUGCUGUUAAGUUCAGGUCCUGCUAAUAUUUCUAUAAUUUAUGUAUUCAAUGAUCUUAUAGCUGUGAUGUUCACUAGUAAGUUGUGUGUUAAUUGUAGAUCAAUUAAAAGUGUUUAUUCUUUAACCAGAUGAGUGCAAGUCCACACUUCUUAACCUCUGUGUAUCAAUGUAUUGUUAGACAAUUUGAUCCUUGUUCAUACGGUGUGAAGUAGAGUAUGUGGGUAUCUGGUUGUGAUCAGUCUCUGACGGUUAACUCAUUAUGUUAUUGUGCCUCAUUAAAUCUGAAAUCUU